AUGGCUAAUAUUUGGAUUCUGGCAUUCAAUCAAAAUUAUGAUUAUAUUUUCACUAUUUCAACUAUUGUCAGGUGUCGAGACCCAGAGACAUUAAAUGACGCCAUAAACUUUGCAAUUUCCGAGGAGAAAAUAAUGGAAGCUUCUCGGAAAAGAUAUAAUAAUCCUCUAAGUCAAGGGCCGCCCAAUAAAAAUAAUAAUUCGCGCCCUAACUACCAAUUCAGAGAUCGCUAUCAAAACAAACCAACAUCAACUUAUGAACGCGCUCCUAAUAAUGUAAAUUUAAGCAGUGCACAGCUUCUUCAACCGAACGACAACAUGGAUUGUUACCUCACCUACAAACUGAAUAUUUUAGUAACAAUGAACAAUAUGCAUAUGUACUACACAAGUCAGCCCCAUAAUAAAAGAACACGGCCAGAAAUAGCAACACUGAAUCCGAUUUAUUCAUCAGCACAUUCACCUUCAACAGCUAGUACCUCUCAAGCUGAUAUUGGUCAAAGCAGUCCAAGUGAAUUGCAGUACAGACCGGAUUCUUUUGAUGACAUCAAUCACAUGAGAGUACGUUUUAAUAUUAAAUCUCAGGAAUUCCAACACCAAUGA